AUGGCGACGAGGAAUCGUACGUUGCUGUUCAGGAAGUACAGAAACUCUCUGAGGAGCGUCCGUGCUCCAUUGAGUUCGUCUUCAUCGUCGACAGUGACGGAGAUGAAUUCGUUGACGGGAGCGAAAUCCGGUAUAGGUCCGGUGAUUGAGAUGGCGAGUACAUCUCUAUUGAAUCCGAAUCGGACUUAUACUCCAGUCAGUACCGAGGAUCCUGGGAACUCGAGAGGAACAAUAACAGUGGGAUUACCACCAGAUUGGGUUGAUGUCUCUGAGGAGAUUUCGGUGUAUAUUCAGCGUGGAAGAACCAAAAUGGCUGAAUUGGGAAAGGCUCAUGCGAAAGCAUUGAUGCCCUCGUUUGGGGAUGGUAAAGAAGAUCAACAUCAAAUUGAGUCUUUGACACAAGAGAUUACUUUCUUAUUGAGGAAAUCAGAAAAGCAACUUCAGAGGCUUAAUGCAACUGGACCUUCUGAAGAUUCAAAUGUCAGGAAAAAUGUGCAGCGAUCUCUUGCUACUGAUCUCCAAUACCUUUCUAUGGAACUCCGCAAGAAACAGUCUACAUAUUUGAAACGUUUGAGACUACAAAAUGAGGACGGCGGUGAUUUAGAGAUGAAUCUGAACGGAGGCAGCUCUAGAGCAGAAUAUGAUGACUUUGAUGAUAUGUUAUUUAGUGAGCAUCAGAUGAGCAAGAUAAAAAAGAGCGAGGAAAUAUCAGUUGAGAGGGAGAAAGAGAUUCAACAGGUUGUUGAAUCCGUAAACGAGCUUGCUCAGAUAAUGAAGGAUCUUUCUGCUCUUGUGAUAGACCAGGGAACAAUAGUUGAUCGGAUUGACUAUAAUAUCGAGAACGUUGCUAGUACAGUUGAAGAUGGUCUCAAACAGCUGCAAAAGGCAGAGCGUACGCAGAGAACUGGAGGUAUGGUGAUGUGUGCAUCUGUUCUUGUCAUCCUCUGCUUCAUCAUGAUAGUACUUUUAAUCCUCAAGGAGAUUUUGUUCUGA